AUGGCGCUUCACCACCUGAGCGACAUGACGCUCGCGGAGCUCGACCGCUUUGUGCGGCAGGACGGGGCUGCGAUGCACCUCUCGCCCGCGGACGUGAUUGCGCUGCACCUGCACCGGCAGCGUCGCGCGUACCUCGCCGGCAGGGAACGUCCGGCGUGCACCGACGCCGGCGCGGGCGACGACUCCGGGCCCGCAUGCCACUCACUGCGUCUGCUGCUCCUCGGCGACGAGACGGACGCCAAACUGGGGCUGGCGGCUCUGCUGCUGCGCGGCGGUGGGGGCGUUUCCCGCCACGAGCCGCUGCUGCUCGGCCUCGGCGCCGCUGACGACGACGGCGGCGGCGGCAGUAGCGCUGCCUCUCCGCGGAUGGAGCUGCUCGUGCCGGGCGUGGCGGACGUGACCGCCUCCCUCCGCGGCGAGUUGUGCCUCGCCAGCGACGUCGUUCUGCUGUGCUUCAGCGUGAGCGCGCGCGCCUCCUUUGACGCCCUGCGGCGGCGGUGGGGGCGGGAGGAGGUGGGGCGGGCCUUUGCGCUGCUCGCGCAGGACCUCGCCGACACCCGCCACGCCGCCGUGUGGCCCGCCACGCCUGUCGUCGUCGUGGGGCUCGUCGUGGAGGCAGGGGAGUUGCCCGCGGAGGGACACGCCCGCCCCGUCGCGCACGCCGAGGCGGUACAGCUGGCGCAGGCGCUGGGGGCGCGCAAGUAUGUGGAGAUUCACUCAGACAACCUCCACCACGCCCGCUCCCUCGUGACGCAGUGCGUGCAGGUGGCACACGCCCUCCAGCGCUCCCUCGCGGCGGAGGCGGGGGCGGCGGCCGUGUCGUUCCUUGCCGCGGCGAAGCAGCAGAUGUUGCGAUGCCACUUGAAGGUUCCAAGGCCGGAGGGAACGAUGGAUUUGCAGGCGAUGCAGCUCCGACUGCACGCGACGCCAGGCAUCACGUAUUUCAUGGCAGUUGACGGAGCAGAUCCGCGCCGGCACACGUCACCCGUGCGGGUUCCGCACGACGGUGUCGUUGAUCUGCGGCCGUACCGCAAACGGCCCGGAACUGUGCUCCGCAUCUGCGGCAUGGCCCGCUGCGCCUACGCGAGCACCGUGUUGGAGGUUGCGGUGCCGAGCACGCUACGGCCGCCCAGUGGCUACUUUGACGCCGUCUGGCGGCGUUUCGUGGUGGUGGCGGCCCCGGAUGACGCGACCCUCGCGCAGCGCGAGGUUCGCUACACGCUGGACGGCACGCAGCCCACGAAGGCCUCGGCGCUCUACGUGCACCCCAUCGCACUGGACGUGGCAUCGUCGCCGGACGCCCCGUGGGGGUCGUGGCGCAGCUGUCUGCCGCCGCCGCCUGUGAUUUGCCUCGCCGCCUUUGCUGCCGGUGAGUUUGCUUCCCCCACCGUCACGUACGAGGUGCCGGCCGUGCUGGACACGCCGCGGAUUGUCUACUCCCCACACGACAGCACCGUCUGUCUCGCGUCCCCGCACCCAACGGUAGACUACCGCUACACGCUGGACGGAACGACGCCGACGCCCGCCUCGCCGCUCUACACAGGGCCGCUGAGCCUCGCUGCCGACACGACACAGCAGGUGCGCUUCGUGGCGUUUCCAAAGGUGCUAUUUCCGAGCCGUGAGGCGGUGGUGUACGUGCCGCAAGGUGCCGUUGCCGCCAGUACUGCCGCAGCUGCUGCGACUGCCAAUGGAGUUCAUGGUGCGUCAGGGCGUGCGUUUCACACGACACGCGCGGCGAUGAUGCGGGGGCAAAGCUCGGCGCAGAAGCUGCGCGGCCGCGGCGGCAGCAGUCGCACAAAUAGCUGUACCGGCGGUACUGCCGCUGGGCAGCGGAGGGGCCGUGUGAACGGCGGCAGCGAGGAGGGGAGCGAGUGCUCACGGAUGUUGGCGAGGCCUCCCACGCCCUCUUCUACAUGCGCGGUCAGUCCGAGACUUCGAACCGCGGUUCGCGCCGCCUUAAGCCGUCGCCACGACAGCAACGGAAGCAGCAGCUGCAGCAGCUGCAGCCACGCGAGGACCACGGCGCGCGCUGCAGAGGGGACGCCGCGGCAACGACGUGGUCGCCCCCGGUCAGCGUCUCCAUGGGGGUGGCAGGGCAAAAAAGGCGGGGAGCGCAAGCGGGCGUCUGGCGGGGGUGUAAAAACGGAUGCGGCGCGGGCGAAAUGUGGCAGCCCACUAUGCAAGGCUAGCGACAACGUGGUGGUUUUUGAGUUUCCCGAGCCUAUUAGUCUCGAUUGCCUCACGGUGAGGACCCCGGGGGACGGUACAGGCCCGACGUCGUACGAAGUAGAGGUGAAGCAUGCCCACGGAGCGGACUUUUUAUCCGUCGGCAGCGGCGAACUACAGGACGUGCGUGGCGUGCAAACGAUGAAUGUCCUCGGCAAUGCUCGUUUGCUUCCCAUUGACAAGGUGCGUUGCGUGUUUGGUGGUGUGGCUGCGUCAGGCUUUCGCGUGAAGGAUUUAAAAGUGCAUGGGAAGCCGUUUAAGUGUGGCGAUUGCGAGUGUUAG